UGUGCGAGGCUCCGGCAUGGACAGCAGCUCCGCUCCGCAACUUUACACCGGAGAUUUAACCCCAGCUAUCGCUCAUUUGGGAUGAUUUAUAGCCUUUGGAAAUGGAUUUGUGAACGGGAGAAGCCGAACUUGGGUCGUUUGUGAGUUAAAGCGGGGGUUUAUGUCAUAUAUAUUUUGUUUGCUGUAGUUGUCGAAGCAGGAGGGAAAAUGCCAGUCGCAACUCUUCUGCCUUUCACUGCCACCCCGAAUAGGAAGUCUGCCAGUCCCACUUCUUUCAGGCUGACAGAGAAAUUUAUCCUGCUGUUGGUUUUCAGCGCUUUUAUCACCCUGUGUUUCGGGGCGAUCUUCUUCUUACCGGACUCGUCGAAGCUGCUGAGCGGAGUUUUCUUUCAUUCCCCGGCGGUGGAGACCAACACUCGCACCGGUCCGGAGAGCAGCGACUCCGGCUCGGCUGGAAACGAGGAGAAAAGGGUCCUGGCGAAGAUCAAAAAAGACCACGAAAAGGCACUGUUAGAGGCCAAGGAUACUUUACAGAAACGACCCGAUGAGAUCAAACAGGACAUCAUGAAUGAUAAGAACAAAGUUGCGGAGGAGAGCGCGGGUGGAGGCGGGAAGGAGGGCCAGCAGCUGCCGGUGGUGGAGUACCGGCGGCCGCCCGGGGCCACGGGCCGCGCUCCGCUGGACCCGGAGACCCGCCAGAGGAGGGACAAGAUCCAGGAGAUGAUGAAACAUGCCUGGGACAGCUACCGGCGCUACGCCUGGGGUUCCAAUGAGCUCAGGCCCAUCUCCAAACAAGGCCACUCCAGCAAUCUAUUUGGGAGCAUAAAAGGAGCGACAAUAGUGGAUGCUCUGGACACCCUCUACAUCAUGGAAAUGUUUAAAGAGUUUGACGAAGCUACUGACUGGGUAGAGAAGAACCUUGACUUCAAUGUGAAUGCAGAAGUGUCUGUGUUUGAAGUGAACAUCAGGUUUGUCGGAGGUCUCCUGUCUGCCUACUACCUGUCUGGAAAGGAGGUGUACCGCAGAAAGGCGGUGGAGUUGGGCGAGAAGCUGCUCCCCGCCUUCAAAACGCUCACGGGGAUCCCCUGGGCUCUGCUGAACCUCAAGAGCGGUAUCGGCAGAAACUGGCCGUGGGCGUCGGGCGGCAGCAGCAUCCUGGCCGAGUACGGCACCUUGCACCUGGAGUUCAUGCACCUCAGCAAACUCUCAGGAAAUCAGGAGUUUGCACAGAAGGUAAUGAACAUCAGGAAGGUUCUGAAUCGCCUGGACAAGCCUCAGGGGCUUUACCCCAACUACCUGAACCCCAACAGCGGCCAGUGGGGCCAACAUCACGUGUCCGUGGGUGGCCUGGGAGACAGUUUCUAUGAGUACCUGCUCAAGGCCUGGCUGAUGUCUGACAGGACUGACGAGGAAGGGAAGAAGAUGUACUACGAGUCCCUGCAGGCCAUAGAAACCAACCUGAUGAGGAAGUCCAGCAGUGGGCUGACCUACAUCGCGGAGUGGAAGGGCGGGCUGCUCGAGCAUAAGAUGGGCCACCUGACGUGUUUUGCAGGGGGCAUGAUCGCGCUGGGCGCUGACGGGGCGCCCAGCGACAAAACGGGCCACCAGAUGGAGCUGGCAGCAGAGAUCGCCCGCACGUGUCACGAGUCGUACGCCAGGACCGCCUUGAAACUUGGUCCAGAGGCGUUUCGCUUCGACGGCGGGGUCGAGGCCAUCGCCACCCGCCAGAACGAGAAAUACUUCAUCCUCCGACCUGAGGUCAUCGAGACGUACAUGUACAUGUGGAGGUUCACCCACGACCCCAAGUACCGGGAGUGGGGCUGGGAGGCUGUCCAGGCCUUGGAGCAGCACUGUCGAGUAGAAGGAGGCUACAGCGGCAUCAGAGAUGUGUACGCUUCCAGUCCAGGCCACGACGACGUGCAGCAGAGCUUCUACUUGGCUGAAACUCUCAAGUACCUUUACCUGCUCUUCUCCGACGACGACCACCUGCCGCUGGAUCACUGGGUGUUCAACACGGAGGCCCACCCUCUGCCCGUCAUCAGGAAGGAGAACACAGACAGACCCAACGAAGUGGAGUAGUGCACCCCCAGAACCAGAACCAGAACCUCUGAUCCUGUAUAUCUGAGCCUCCGACCGUCUGUCUCAAACACUUUAGCCGUUUGGAGCUCCCAGGGGCUACAGAUGCCACUUUAUUAGGAGAUUUUAUAUUUACUGUGGGGCUCUGACAGGAUUGAAGCCUGUCGGAGCUGACGUCUCUCUGUUGAUCCACCUCUGCUUUUAUUUUUUGUUUAUUUUUGGUCACUUCUGGUUGAGACCAAAUGCUGAAGAGCAACAUUUUUCCCUCCUGGCUAACAGGAUAGCUCAUGUCGUAACGUGGUGAUUGACAGGAGUCUUCAGUAAUAACCCGUCAGUGUUUCUGCAUCGUAGAAGUUGAACUUUCUGAAGACAUCCGUGUAUAAUUUAUUUUUGCGUCUCGUCCGAUGACAAUCUGUGAGGCUGUCCCGUUACUCACCAGCGGGUUUGUUCGUCGCUGCAACUUGUUGUUUUGUUUUUCCCUCGAGGGCCAAAGCAGCCGUCUCCCUGAACUGUGGACACCAAGCCCACGAGACGUUCCCAGCUCUCGGAGGACGACGACGACGGGAGUCGCACGUUGAGCUAAAGGAGGCUCGGCUCACUUCACACUUCACAUUCGACGUUUUCCGCUCUGCUGCUCCGCUUCGGCAUCCGAGCGGGAACCACUCGGCACCACUGCUCUUGUUUUUGUUUCGUUAGAGAAAACACUGGAAGUUUUUGCUUUUCUAAAGAUGCGUUUUGUGGUCGUGAAAGGUUAAAGGAGAGACGCUGCACAAGCAGAGCCUGGUUUUCUAGACCUCUGCUCUCCCCCGACGGCUCCUUCCUCCGAGCCGGACCGCUCCCUUCUUUCUCCCCGUCGUCUCCACGGCUCUCCUCCUCUUUCUGCUGUUUCUCUGUAUCUCUGACCGGCUUUUGUGAUUCAUGUCUCUGACUGGUACAUGCAUCUUUAACCUUCUUAGUCUCCCUUUUUAAUAACAUUUUUCUUCUUAAUUUCCUUCCCCAAAAAUCACACCUUUUGUAGCUUUUUUUUAGCGUCUCCUCAGUUUGAUGGAACGUCAUUUUAUCUUCCGUGAUCUGGUGAAAGAUCACGGGAAGUAAACUGAAGUUGGAGAUGCUCAAAAAGAGCAAGUUUGUGGAUAUUUGACGUAGGGCUGUUCGAUUUUGCCCAAAAAUAAAAUCUCGAUUUUUUUCUCUCAAAAUCCGAUUUUCGAUUACGAUUAUUUUGUGAAUUGACAAAAGGCAAAGAAAUGAUUUCAAAUAUGCUGUUUUUUUAUUGAACAUUUGCCCCAUUGGGCUUGAAGUGCAAACUUUGCUCUUAUUAAACCAAAAAUGAAUGAAUAAAGUGCAAAACUCUGUAAAAUAAGUUGAAAAAAAGUUUAAAAAAAUAUAAAAUAUAAAGUUUUAUCUCUGGAAAAAAAAAAAAGAAAAAAAAGUGAAAAAUCGAUUUUACGAUUUUCACGUUUUAACAUCGUUCUAAUUACAUAAUCACGAUUACGAUUUAAAAUCGAUUGAUCGAACAGCCCUAAUUUGACGACAUCUCGUGAUUUAAAUGUUAUCCUCCCCUUUUUCGAAGAUUUCCAAGACUAUUUAACAAACAUCCUCAGCAAAUGUUGCUAUUGUGACAGCUGAGCUUUAGAAACUCCUAUAAAACCCCAACAUUUGGACUUUUCUCUAAAGAGGACACUUUUAUCGUAUAAUCAGCAGUCCGGCCCGCGUGCUGGUCAAAUCCUCAAAGCUUUUCUGGUUUCCGAUCUCCACGUGCAGCACCAGGCGGGCUGUAGGAUCUUCUCUCCUCUGUGAGGACGCUCCAAUUUACUACAAUAAUUGACCUUUUUCUCUCUCACGCACACGAAGCCAUAGCACAGCUUUACCACCCCGCCGGCGUGCUGUCGCCCGUUCUCCGUUUACUCCCGAGGGCGCGUGUGUCUCCGUGGCCGCUUUUAUUGUCGUGUAUCAGCAUGUGAUCAAAGUCGAGCUCAGCCUUUUUAUUAAGUUGAAUUUGAUGUGAACGAUUCCUCCUGUAGCCAGAUGAAGUUUAAUUCAGUCCAGUGCCUUGACUGUUCAAGAAAGCGGGGGAGAAGCUGCCGACACAAAUGCACAGGACUUGAGUUUGUGAAUAGUUUUGCAGCUUUAAGUUUUCGCUCCUCUGAUGAGGAUUAUAUCAGAACUAGACAUGGAUUAAAGGAUUAGGCCUGCGUUUUGAUUUGAUAUUCAGAGCGACUUUGGCUUUGAAAUAGCUGAAGAGUUGGUGCAAACAUGGCGAUAAAUGGGAGAUCGGACCACUAAAGGUCCAUCGAAGGAUUUGGUAAAAUCGAGCUCAGAAUGAGGGGAUUAAGUCCGUUGAUUGUUCAUUCCUGAGGGUCCAGGGUCUGUGGGGAAAUGUGAACGAUUUGAGACUCUUGAAGUCUCUAUCAGUUAUUCCUUUGACUACAGUGGCAUCUAGUGGUGAGAGGUUGUAACUGCAGCCCUGGAUUCAACGACAAGGCAAAUCAAUCAUGUCAAACCUCUGUUUUUGACCAAAUUAUUAUUACUGUCAGUCUUUAUUGUAUAUGUUUAGGUGAUGGAUCUUUACACUGUUCAGUUUGAUUAUCCCAGUUCUCCGGCUUCAACCAAAGAACAAUUACCAGACUUGGUGCCGUUGGGAUCAUAAUUAUCUGAAUUGGUACCAUUAUUUUAUCAAUACGGUUGAAAACGUGAUUUUCCUCAACUGAAUAUGUAUAUCCACCUCUAGAAAGGGAGAUUUCUUCACUAAUAUUUGUUGGGCGCUUGGAGCAGAGGCGUCGUGCUCGGAGAGCAGCUCUUUAGUUGGGGGGAUUUUUAAAAAUGAAGAAAUCAAUAUUUUAUAGGAUGCGGCGUCGGGUUUUAAUUGGUUAAACUGAUCAAUAAAGCUGACUGAAACAGACUGAAGCUAAAGGGGAGUGAUUUAGCUUUUUACUGUCUUAAAAGAAGCCCUCCUGUUGCCUCGUUGCUACAGGGGGCUCUCGCUCAUCGUUGCGAUAAUAUUUCUCUUGAUUCAAUUAGGCAAUCUGAAAAAUGACUGAAUGAAAUCAUUUGUGUAUCUAAAGGCCAAAACGAAAGAGCUCCUUCACGUUUUCACUGAUCCAUCAUUCAGUCGGCCUUCCCCUCGGAGGUUUCUGAGAAUCUCUCCACGUUCUCUGAAUCGCUGCAGAAAUGACGUCGUCUCCGGUUCUGAUGUGUCGUAACGGCUAGUCUUUCUGCUUGUGUUCAUUUAUUAAGAAGUGAUCAUAGGACAUGUGGGACCUCCGGGGGGCGCCGGCGCUUUGAUGAUGAGAUUAGAGGAGCAGGUGGUGAUGGCGUUGGUUGUGUCGGGGUGUGAUGUUGCUCCUUCACAGCGACGGCAGACAGAGGAACCAGCUCACGGUCCAAGAGCCUCGGGGGGACCGGAACUCUACGAAUGUACCAUCCAAUGUGAAUUUAAACAUACAUCUACAUCCACUUUUAUUCACAUUUUCCUUUUUAGUUGUUCGUUUUUGUUGUUUUAUUUUUUUUCUCUCAUUUCCAAAAGCACAAAAGAGUGAAGUUGCGCAUGCGGGCAGAGGAAGGUCUGUGUCAUCGAGAGAUGAACGCGUGCACGGCGUAAAAACUGACUCAAAUCUGCAAACGGAGGCCCAUCGGCUCGAUCCUGGAACAGGCGUAGAUGCAGGACGUGUUCGUUGUGCAGAGCGAUGUCGCCUCACGUGACAUAAAUCCAAAGAAAAGGAGGCGUUGACAAACUUGAAUCCUGAUAGCUGAUGAUCGAUCAGAGUGACAUCAUUCUGGCUCGUCAGUGUUUUCUGUCGUCUUCAUCUCUGACGCCGUCAGACACGCCCACUAGCGCAGGGCGGCGUUUCUUAGUCGCUUACAUAUUAUCAUAUUACAUAUUAGUUUUUAACUCCAGUGAACACUUGAUUCUUAGUUCACACUGCUAGUCUUAACGCUCAAUUCGGAUAUUUUCCUCAGAUCCGAUUUUUUUUAUUUUGUUUGGCUGUUCUAAAUGUGGCCUAUGUCGGAUUCCAGUGGGAACUGUUAGAACUGAUCCGCAUGCGCAGAAAAACUAUAACAAAGAGGGCAAAGGCAACGGAUUGGCUCCUGCUCAAGGUUUCUUCCCUCCUAAAGGAGAGUUUUUUUCUUGCCACUGUUUGGCUUAAGGCUUUUCUCCCACUAGGAGAGUUUUUACCUGCCAUUGUUUAUGUAAUAAUUGCUCGGGGGGUUUAUGUUCUGGGUCUCUGGAAAGAUCCUAGAGACAACAUUUGUUGUAUUAGACGCUAUACAAACAAAUAAAAUUGAAUUGGAACUAUGGCAGGGAGAAAUGUCGACGUAGAUUGACAUAAAAGUCGAAGUUAACACUGCAGCCACAUUGAAAAGAAUCCGAUCUGGGUCUGAUUCAGGACCAUAUAUGGAAACGGCCAGAUCUGAUUUAAAUAAAUCUGAUCUGGGCCACAUCUCGAGAACUGAAGAACAAGUGGUCUGAAGAAGUCAGGCCUGGUCACUUGACCCCUAAAAGAAUCUGAUUUGGGCCACUUUUGUGUGCAGUCUGAAACCCUGGUGUCUGACUCAGACCCGGAGGGCUGAUCUGCAGCAUCUCCUUCAUUCAUUCAUUCAUUUUCUAAACCUGCUGAAUCACAUCAGUCCUGCUCAUCUCGCUGCCUGAAGUGAGACGUGCAGGACGUUCCUGUAAAGCUGCAGGUUCAACCGAACCUCAUUCCUGCUCAGACGUUUCAGGAUGUGAUGUUGACACUUUGCUCUGUUGCCUUUCUGUUGGUGAAUAUUGUAAACGAAUCAUCUCCCUCCUUGUUUUUUUUCUUUACAUCAGUGACUUUUCUUUUCUGCUCUGAACCUGUUGAACCGUGAACCCCAACGCCAGCUCUGUCGAUGGUUGCAACCCCCCCGAAGAGGUUUAAAUGUGUGAAACCCAGCUGAGAAAUGUACAAAACUAUUGCUGAUAAUCAUUCCACUGCACAUAGUUUACUUUGCAUUUGAAUGCAAGAUUUUAAUUUUUGUGGGGAACUUUGUUUUAAUGUGUUUAAAAUUAUUAUUAUUGAUAUAAAUGUAAAUAUUUCAUUGCGGCUAGUAAGCCGUUUGGCAUUUAUAUGAAAAUCUUCUGAGCUUAUGGAUGAAAAUGAUAUUAAUGAGCAGCAGACAUUUUAAUAAACUAUAUUUGUUACACUUCUGUUGUGAA